GGAAGCUGCAGGGGCGGGACCAGACGGAGUCGGGACCGACGCAGAGGAAGAUCCGAGUGUUUGCCGUGGUGCCGCCCCACCCCUGGUCCCCGGGAACCUGGAGGGGCCCGGCUGUGCUGCUGCGAGGGCCCUGGGAGGGUUGAAAGCUAAGCAUGGGGAAGAGCUGCAAGGUGGUCGUGUGUGGCCAGGCUUCUGUGGGCAAGACUUCAAUCCUGGAGCAGCUUCUGUACGGAAACCAUGUAGUGGGUUCUGAGAUGAUCGAGACGCAGGAGGACAUCUACGUGGGCUCCAUUGAGACUGACCGGGGGGUCCGGGAGCAGGUGCGUUUCUACGACACCCGGGGGCUCCGAGACGGGGCCGAGUUGCCCCGGCACUGCUUCUCCUGCACUGACGGCUAUGUCCUCGUCUACAGCACGGACAGCCGGGAGUCCUUUCAGCGCGUGGAGCUGCUCAAGAAGGAGAUUGACAAAUCCAAGGACAAGAAGGAGGUCACCAUUGUGGUCCUCGGCAACAAGUGUGACCUGCAGGAGCAGCGGCGUGUAGACCCGGAUGUGGCUCAGCACUGGGCCAAGUCGGAGAAGGUGAAGCUGUGGGAGGUGUCAGUGGCUGACCGCCGCUCCCUGCUGGAGCCCUUCGUCUACCUGGCCAGCAAGAUGACCCAGCCCCAGAGCAAGUCUGCCUUCCCCCUCAGCCGCAAGAACAAGGGCAGCGGCUCCUUGGAUGGCUGAAGAGGUGCCUUCCCAGCCCUGGAAGAUGGGAUGGGGGGAAAGGGGGGUUUAGGUGAGCUUUCCUUCCCAGUCAAGGUGGGGAGCUCACCACUAGGCCAGGCAGCUGGGCUGUCCCAGGCUCAGGUCGCUUUUGCUCCCUUCCAGCUCUGGGAAUUGCUGAUAGUCUAGGUUAGCACCCCCAACCCCCCCAGGCCCCCAUCAUAUCUGCCCUGCGGUGCCUGGGGUAGUUGUGGGUCACUGUCCCUUUCACCUGCCAGGAGAGGAAGCAGAGCUAUGCAGAAGUGCCGCAUCUAGGGUACUUAGGGUCCCUAUCACAGGGACCUCCCACUUGCUGGUUUCCUGCCAGCAUCUAUUCUCUCUCUCUCUCAUGCACACACACCCCCUGUUCAGGAAGCCUCUACAUACACCUACCCACCCACCCACCCACACACACACACACACACACACUCACACACGGCAUCAGCCUGGACUCGAGAGAAAGGGCAUCCAGACAUCUGUGUGGAGAUGUGCAUGUGUGUGUGCUGGUGUUUGGGUCACACACACACACUCACACACACUUAUGGCACCAGCCUGGACUCUAGAGAAAGAGUGUCCACGUAUCUGUGUGUAGAUGUGCACGUGUGCAUGCUGGUGUUUAGGACAUACACAUAUACUCACUCUCAUGGCACCAGCCUGGACUCUAGAGAAAGGGCGUGUGUGGAUGUGCAUGUGUGUGCGUGCUGGUGUUCCGGGCACCUCCUCAUCCAACAGCCCAGCCUCUCUCCUGUCCUCUCCUUGGCUGGAAGAAGCUAGCCUCCUGGGAGUGUCCUUUUCUGUUGUAACUCUUCCCCCGGCUUCCUCUUCCUGCUCAGGGAGCCUGUCACUGGGUGAGGUGGAAUGGAACGCAGCUGGGCCGGGAGUCACCGGCUGGCUUUGUGGGCCUGCAAGGCCCUUCCCCUCUCGGGGUUUUGCUUUUCUCAUCUGUAAGAUGAUCUCGAUUCUAUCCUCUCUAGCCCUGUGGUUGGAUACUGCCCACAACUGCGACUGUCCCCUCAGCUUCUCCCUUUUCAAGGUGCUACGCCUACAGCCCCGGAGGCUGGGACACUGCUCCCCCCGACCACCAGGGGGCAGGAGCGCGCUACUCGCUCUAGUUGCCGGAGCGGCCGCCCGGGGCCCGAUCAGCGGGCCGCCCAGGCCUGGGGACCGGUCUUUCCCGUUCCUGUGGUGGUUUUCAGCUGAUCGCUGGACUUCUAUUUAUCAAUUUCCUGUGUUUAUAUGCCUGCUGCCACGGUGGAGGCUGGGCAAGGUGCUCCUCUAGCGCUCCCUUCUUACCUCAGAUGCCUGAGCAGAACAAGGCCAAGCAGGAGCAGCUUCUCAGGAGCUGCCAGACCUGUCGGGGGCUCAGAAGGGUGGUUACACUUCCGGCACGCGGUCAGGUGAGCUUCUAACCUGCAACCUCCCGUGCUCACCUGCUUCUGAUGCACACACCUAGCACAGGUGAGACACUACAGCCAGAUGACCUCCAAUACACGCCCCUUCUCCCCAGGACGGGAGAGGAGAGCAGGGGCAGGCGGCCCAGCUGGGCGAGUGGAGUUUUAGGGCGUAUACAGGCUUGAGCUUAAAUUCAUUUAUUAAUGUGUUGGACACAAUAAAACCACAACUGUUAUCAAAAAGUUUC